UUCACAUAACAAUUAGAGAGCAGCGUGUCUAUUAACAGCCACAAUAGUCUGAGUAUGUCUAAAACAUACCAACCGCUACUUAGUGAAAAGCAUUCAAUUUGUACUGGACUUGAAAGACCGCACGAGCGAGUGGCCAAGAGGAAGCAGUAAUCAACCAUCUUUCUUCUGCCAGCAAUAACAAGAAAAGAGAGGGUCUAAGUGGAGCUACAGUUCCCAAUUUAUUGUCUCUAUCUUGUAAAACAGAUAAGAGACUUAACGUCUGGAGUUUUAUAAAAUAGGCCAGGAAUAUUAGGCGUCAACCUACGACACAACUGAAAGCUUAGAAUUAGUAGACUAGCUAUUAGAUUUUGUAUUUCUUUUUUCAUGUUUCCAACAGGUUUACCUUCCCCUAAUCCCCCACCGCCAACCCAGGAGGCUAGACCGGCAGCUUCUGAUGUUAAUAACGACAGUAGCCUAACGUCUUCUAAGAAGAGGAAAAUAAACAGCUCAGAGAAGGAAGAAAUUGAUUCAAUAUCUUCGUCUCCUAAAGCCAUUUGUAAUUCCUCUACAUCUUGCUCUUCCAAUUCUCCUCACAUUCAAAAGAAGUUGAGGUUUGAGGACCCAGUAGAUUUCAUUGGACUGGAUGUGAAAAUGGCUGAGGAAUCGUCUCCCUCUGCAUCGUGUUCUAAGACUAAAAAUGUGUUCCUGGCCGGAGGUGUUGGACAUCAUGCAAACGGACUGACAAAAUCGACCGGGUCCACAACAUUCUCCAACAGUAAACCCGGUGCUGCAAAGAAAUUAGUCAUCAAGAACUUUAAGGAAAAACCCAAAUUACCAGAGAACUAUACGCAUGAGACCUGGCAGAAGCUGAAGGAGGCAGUAGAGGCGAUUCAGAACAGCACUUCGAUAAGGUACAAUCUGGAGGAACUCUAUCAGGCUGUAGAGAAUCUCUGCUCCCAUAAGAUAUCUGCCAAGCUGUACAAACAACUGAGGGUAGUUUGUGAAGACCACAUCAAGGCACAAAUUGAUCAGUUCAGGGAGGAUGCUCUGGACAGCGUGCUCUUCCUGAAGAAGAUAGACAAAUGUUGGCAGGAUCACUGCAGGCAAAUGAUCAUGAUUAGGAGUAUAUUUUUGUUUUUGGACCGCACAUAUGUUUUACAGAACUCUAUGCUGCCAUCAAUCUGGGACAUGGGCCUGGAGUUAUUUCGAUUCUACAUCAUCAGCGAUCUGAAGGUUCAGAGUAAGACAAUCGACGGAAUACUACUGCUCAUCGAGAGGGAGCGCAGCGGCGAAGCCAUAGACCGCAGUCUGUUGAGGAGCCUACUGAGCAUGCUCUCCGACCUACAGAUUUAUCAGGACUCGUUUGAGCAACGCUUUUUGGACGAGACAAAUCGCCUGUACGCCGCCGAAGGCCAGAGGCUGAUGCAGGAGAGAGAGGUGCCAGAAUACCUUCAUCAUGUUAACAAACGCUUGGAGGAGGAAGCAGACAGGGUCAUCACAUACUUGGACCAGAGCACACAAAAACCCCUCAUUGCCACCGUGGAAAAACAACUUCUUGGAGAGCAUCUCACAGCCACACUUCAGAAAGGUUUGAAUCACCUGCUGGACGAGAAUCGUAUCCAGGACUUGUCUCUGCUUUACCAGCUCUUCAGCCGUGUGAGAGGUGGGGUUCAGGCUCUUCUUCAGCACUGGAUCGAGUACAUUAAGGCCUUUGGAAGCACAAUUGUCAUUAACCCUGAGAAAGACAAGACGAUGGUGCAGGAGCUGCUGGACUUCAAGGACAAAGUGGAUUCCAUCAUCGACGUGUGCUUCAUGAAGAACGAGAAGUUUGUGAACGCCAUGAAGGAAGCCUUUGAAACGUUCAUAAACAAAAGGCCAAACAAACCAGCUGAGCUCAUUGCCAAGUAUGUGGAUUCAAAGCUAAGGGCAGGAAACAAGGAGGCUACCGAUGAGGAACUUGAGAAGAUGUUGGACAAAAUUAUGAUCAUCUUUAGGUUCAUUUAUGGCAAAGAUGUUUUUGAAGCCUUUUACAAGAAGGAUCUGGCCAAGAGGUUACUGGUAGGAAAGAGUGCAUCAGUAGAUGCAGAGAAGUCCAUGCUGUCUAAAUUGAAACACGAAUGUGGAGCAGCGUUCACUAGUAAACUGGAAGGAAUGUUCAAGGACAUGGAGCUUUCAAAAGACAUUAUGGUGCAGUUCAAACAGUACAUGCAAUGCCAGAACAUCCCUGGAAACAUUGAGCUAACAGUCAACAUUCUCACUAUGGGCUACUGGCCUACGUAUGUGCCUAUGGAAGUUCAUCUGCCUCCCGAGAUGGUGAGAUUGCAAGAGAUUUUCAAGACCUUUUAUCUGGGCAAACACAGUGGAAGGAAACUACAGUGGCAGUCAACACUAGGACAUUGUGUGCUAAAGGCUGAAUUCAAAGAGGGCAAGAAAGAGCUUCAGGUGUCACUGUUUCAGACAUUAGUUCUGCUCAUGUUCAACGAAGGAGAGGAAUUUUCUUUGGAAGAGAUCAAACUGGCCACGGGAAUCGAGGACAGUGAGCUGAGGCGAACCCUGCAGUCGCUGGCCUGUGGGAAGGCUCGCGUCCUCACCAAAACCCCAAAGAGCAAAGAUGUGGAAGAUGGCGAUAAGUUUUCCUGCAACGACGACUUCAAACACAAGCUCUUCAGGAUUAAGAUCAACCAGAUACAGAUGAAAGAAACGGUGGAAGAGCAAGCCAGCACCACAGAGCGAGUCUUCCAGGACAGGCAGUACCAGAUUGACGCCGCCAUUGUCCGCAUUAUGAAGAUGAGGAAGACUCUUAGCCACAACCUUUUGGUGUCUGAGGUCUACAAUCAGCUCAAAUUCCCAGUCAAGCCUGCUGAUUUGAAGAAGAGAAUAGAGUCAUUGAUUGACAGGGACUACAUGGAGAGAGACAAGGAGAAUCCCAAUCAGUACAACUACGUGGCUUAAAGAGCGAGAGAGAGAGAGAAAGAGAAAGAAAAACAGAAGAGGA